AUGGGCUCCACACUGUUGACAAUCUCUGCUUUGGCAGUAGUCUCGUCGUUGCAGGUGGAGGAUGUCCGCUCGCAAACUAGGCUCCAGCCCUUUCAGAAUCUUCCCGUCGAUCACGACAUUCUAGAUCCGGAACUUCAAGGUUCGAUUGCAAAUGCCUUGAAGACCAUCGCAGAUGAUGAAAAGCUGGUCGAGGUGGAUCGUGCUGUCUUCAUGCAGGAUGGUAUGACCAUCACCAGAAGCAGUCCGCAUGAGGUGCAGCAGGAAGUCAAUCGCCAUUCUGCUUGGGAGUUAGUGGCUGAGGACUUGGUCCGGAAGCGUUUUGGGAACUCCAGCGCCGCGAAGGGUCUUGAAGCCUUGCUGGGCGAGGCCCGUGCUGCUGAGGUGUCGAUGACCGACUGGCAACAUUUGGCACUUGCCAUUGCUGCUUUGACGCCGAAGAAUGUCUUGGGCAAAGAGGCCGGUCCAUCCCACGCCUUUCCGGCCCGGCAUGUGGUGCGGAACAGCAUCGGGGGCGCACCGCAGGGACAGCACAGCUAUGAGUCAUACCAAGCCAUGGAGGAUCAGUGGAACGAAUGGACCAUUCUUUGUAUCGUUGGGCUUAUUGGCAUCAUGCUUACCAGCAUUGUCACGGCCAACAGAAGGAGUCAACCUGGGAAGAUGAGUCACUUGCUGGAGCUUGAAACGCGAUGGAAGCUCACGGGCUCGAGCACUGCAGGUCACCUGUCGCUCCUACGACAGGCUGCGCAGGCUGCGCAGGCGCCACCAAUGCCAUCCUCAUCGCAGGAUUUGAGUGUUUGGGAGGCGACCGUGAAUCUUUUUUCAUGCCUUGUUGGCACAGGUUUGCUUGCCAUGCCCUAUGCUUUCUCUUUAGCAGGUUUGGUUGCUGCACCUUUGGUGCUGAUUUUCGUCACUUGCUCUGCGUAUACGGCACACCUUAUGGUGUGGGCGAUGGAAGCAGAGGAGAACCGCCGGGGCGUCCCCAGCGGUCGCUUGGCCUUUGGCUUAGAUUGGUCUGCGCUGGCCCAUGCCGCCUUUGGCUCAAAGGCCAAGAAACUGGUAGAGCUCUUCCUAAUUGUGGAGCUUUGGGGAUAUUUGCUGAGUACAGUUGUGUGCGCCUCGCUGAACAUUUCGCAGCUGGGCAUUGCCACAAAGCCGGCAGUGGCCUUGUCUGUGACCGGUGCCUUUGCAUUGACCUUCGUUCCAGCAAAGCUUUUGACAAAGGUCAAUGUGCUUUCGAAUCUGGUUUAUAUUGCGAGCGCUUUGAUGUUUGUUGCAACGGGCUUGAUGUUGCCUCAGAAGGCCCCGCCGUCUGAAAUCCAGACAGUGAAGCCGCAUGGCCUUUUGGCUGCCGCAGGCAUUUUGAUCUUUAGCCCAGCAGGUCACUCCUUCUAUCCCCGGCUAAUACAGCAGAUGGAGGAGCCUUCGAAGUUUCCAUGCUGCAUCAAGUGGGCAUAUGCUGGCGCUUGUGUGGUGUAUCUCCUCAUUGCUGUCCCUGGGUACAUGCUCUUUGGAGACGCAGCACAGCCAAGUGCCGUGCGCAACAUUGAUGCCAAUGGUGAGCUUUCAUGGUGUCCCAAGGUUUGGAUCGGAGCUUGGUGCCAUUGCCUGACCUUUGGCCUGGGCCUCGGGGAUCUUCAGCAUCUCACGGUCUUUGAGUUGAAGGAAGCUAUUUGGCGGCAGUCAAAGACGUGGGCGCCAUGCUGGCAACGCCUGAUCGAAGACCGAGAAAUCUUGGACACCGAGGUCCUUGGGGAGCUCUAUGAGAACCAGGUGGUCUUGCAACUGGUGGUGACAGCAGACCCUUGGGACCUCCUGCUGAGCCGACCACAGCCUCAACAAAAUUGCAGCCCUCCAACGAAGGAGGAAGUUCGUUGCUCUGCAAGGCGAAGCUUCUACUAUUACCAUGAAGAGACGCAGGAGCUUCGGGUGCGGAAACCCAUCGCCAGAAGUCCUCCGGAGCCAGGAGCUAUUGCGCGGCAACAGAAGGUGAUCGAGGCAAUGGAAGCGAUGGCUUCGCAGGAUUUGGAUCAAGCGCUUCAGCUCAUCCAACGCCUAUUCGAUGCCAUCGAGGUUGAGCCUGGGCCUUGGAAAACCGAGGACGGGACUUGCUCUAUUUCCUCCGUGAGGAUCUGGCUGAGGCCCCCGCCUCCACGUUGA